CGCAGAGGCUCGUCGCUUUUAUUAAAUCAGCGCUCGUCGCCACGCACCCUCGCCUCCCCAGCGUAACAAGUGUCCUUCCUCCAUCUUCCUCCUCCACUCCACUCCCAAGUCCCCACCACCCCCAACCCCGUCUCUCCACUGCGGCGCAGGCUUCGCUUCGGCUCCGCUCGGCUCGAGCAGGUAAAGCACCAGAAGAACCCAACACCCUUUUUGCUUAAGCCUAUGCUAAACGGGGGAGAUCGAUGCCCCCCCAACCGUGAACUCUGCCUGCUCUGCAAGUCUAGAGGAGCCUUGAGAGGCGUUUCCGGUGGAACUAGUGUUACCUGCUUUGGAUCGGGGUAAAGCUAAGCUACAGCUACCCGUGCGUUGCCGUUGAGAGCGUCCUUUCUGGCUUUCUCGCUCUAGAUUUCUACACGGGAUGGUCUGCUCCUGCUCGUAUUACGCUGUAAAAGAACGUGAGCUAGCGUAUCUGCUCGCCCGUUUCGUACCAAAAGGAAGAAAAAAAAAAGACAAGUUUUUUCCGCGAGGAAAGCUAGCUCGACGUUUACGGUGGUCUCGCUUUGUGAGAAGACUAUUAUCCCUUUUUUUCCCCCUUGGUUUCUUCACGGUCUGCUCUCUUCCUCUGCGAGGAACUCUGCUCUUGGUUUAUACAGUAGAAGGAGAUGAGGUUUUAGGCAAAGAAAAGAAGAGAGAACGUUGCUGGGUAGCAAAUGGGACGAAAGACGACGAAAGGACAUGUUCUACUUCGCUUCUCUGGCUAUUCAGUGCCUGAUCUGUUCAUUCCCCGCUAGAGGAUCCAUGUUCUCAUUUGUUUGGCUAUUAGCUGUGGCCUGAGGCACCGUAUCGAAUAUCGAUGCCUUCCGUUUGGUAUCUUUAUCGGUGCACAUAGACUGCUUAUUCGCUUUUUACCCCUCCCCUCGCAGUAGAUGCAGAUCGAGUUUGUAUCUACAGCCUCUGAUAGAGGAGGGGGUGGAGUUUUCCUUCUUUCCUUUGUUUUCCGUUGGCGCUGUUUAGAGAUUUCAGUUUUGUAUCGGUGAGGCGGCCUGCUGCAUUACUGCUUUUUAAAACUUUCUUCUUCUUCUUCUGUUAAAAGAAAACAAAAAACUCUACUUGGCUCAGAAUUGUUUCCGAGACAGGCAUGAGUUUAUGAUUCGUUUGUUCGUAUCUGCAAUGAUUUCAUAAACCCGAAUUAAAUGUCAUGGAGACAGUCGAGUUCGUGUAUGGAGUUCAGUGUCCUGAGUGGAGACGCCAUUAUUUGGAUUCUCUGUUUGGUGGUGAUUCCUUAUUGGUUUGAUAGUGACAGAAAACCGAACCCAAUGUCAUGGACCCAGUCCAUGCUAUAUUCUUGUAAUACAUUAGUGGGCUCAAUUGUCUGAAAUCCAGAAUACAGGCCUGCCAAAAGGUGUCGACGCAUACGGCAUACUACCUCUCUCUCUCUCUCUCUCUCUCUCUCUCUCUCUCUCUCUCUCUCUCUCUCUCUCUCUCUCUGCGCCCAAGCUGAAUAUAUUUUGAGUGGCACUGUGACUGGCUGAAUAUAUCGCUGGCAUGUUGCUAAUACUGUGUCAGCACAGAUGCUGAUCUAUAGGUACAAUAUGGCAUGUCGUCAUGUUGCUAGCAAGACGAAGUAUUUGGUUCUGUUAUCGGGUGGUGGUGGUGUGUAGUUGUUUUCUUCUCCCACUAUUUACUCGUCAGAAAACAAAGUGAUAUGCUAGACAUCCCUUUCAUGAUGGCAGCAAUUUGAAAAACGAACUGCCUUUGGUAUUGUGUUCCUAAAAAGAUCGGAAUAGAAUUUUCCACUAUGAUUGAGAUAGGAUUUGUUUGUUUAUCUGGAACAGUGCCGUGCCUGCAUUAUUGAUGAAGCACCUUCAAUUAUCCAAUCGUUGUAUUGCUUUCUUCCCAUUUCUCUGUCUAGAGUCUAGACCAGCUCAUGGUCGUGAACUUGCUUUGUAUGGAAACAUCCUUAUUUUAACCAAGCUCACCUCAUUGUUGUUAAAUUGAGAGCAAGCAAUAAGUAUUUGUUUAUUUCCUUGUCUCUGUUUUUCUUUGUACUGGACUCCCCCUACUUCUGACAAGAAGAAAAUGCAACGGGCAGUGCAGGCCGUCAGGUCACACGGCAAUGUUCUUAAAUAUGCUGUUCUACAACACAUCAGCGCUCCCAAGCCAGCAAUGCUUCCUGCUGCCUUUUCUCGUUUCAUGUCAGUUUCAUCUGCUCGCCUAGAGGAUCGUGGAUUUGAAACUGCCACUGUAGCAGAUGUCUUGAAGUCUAAAGGGAAGAGUGCUGAUGGAUCUUGGCUCUGGUGCACCACAGAGGAUAGCGUCUAUGACGCUGUCAAAUCUAUGACUCAGCACAACGUGGGAGCUUUGGUGGUUGUCAAACCUGGACAGAAUAAAUCAAUCGCUGGCAUUGUCACUGAGAGAGAUUAUCUCCGGAAAAUCAUAGUGCAGGGAAGGUCUUCCAAGUCAACUAAGGUUGGCGACAUCAUGACUGAAGAGAACAAACUGAUCACAGUGAAUCCCGACACCAAGGUCCUGCAGGCAAUGCAGCUCAUGACAGAAAACCGCGUCAGACACAUCCCGGUGAUCGACGGCACGGGGAUGCUGGGGAUGGUCUCCAUCGGCGACGUCGUGCGCGCGGUGGUGGCCGAGCACAGGGAGGAGCUGAACCGGCUCAAUGACUACAUCCAGGGAGGCUACUAGGACGGCGUGUGCAGCGACGACCCCCUCCGAUCCCGCCAGUCAGUGAAGUCCGCCUUUGAAAUCCAAUAACUCGGAACAAUGAUGAUGACGAAAUAGGCCGUGUUUUCUUGGACAAUGAUGUUAAGUUCGGCAAGGUUUUCCUUUCUCUUUUUUUAUUCUACUGCGUGGUCUAUGUGUAUAUUGCCAAAGGCAUGCGUGAGCCAUGCGCCCGGUGCUGGGGCGCAGAGACCAUCUGAUGGUGGAAACACCGGAAAUAAGAGCGUGCCGCUGUGUGUUUCCUUUGAAGGAAUAAAAAUGGUGUUCGUGUUGUGCAUUGCUUA